AUGGCUCGCUCACUCCUCGCUCUCGCCCUGCUGGGGAGCCAAGCCCUGGUCAACGCCGCAGGCCAGACGGAGAACCGCACCCUCGACGAGAUUCAUCAAGCCGCUCUCGCCGAGGGCGGCGUCGUCACGCUCUGGCAUGGCGGUGACGAACGUAACUCUCAGGAUUCGUUAAAGGCCAACUUCGAGAAGCGGUUUCCCGGCAUGACCCUCAACGUCACCGUCGACCUCUCCAAGUAUCACGACACGCGUGUGAACGAGCAGAUUGCGGCCAACAAUGUCUACGUCGACAGUGUUAUCAUCCAGACCCUCCAUAACUUUCCCCGCUGGGCAUCUGAAGACUCCCUCCUGGAAUAUGCCCCUCUCGGCUUCGACAAGAUCCAGCCCGAGUUCAAGCCCAAUGAUACCGCCGCUUACUACGGCAUGUUCAUCAUUGCCUGGGCUGGCAUGUGGAACUCGGCCAAGCUUCCGGGUGUCAAGGCCCCUGUCGAGUGGGAGGACUGGCUUCGGCCGGAAUUCAAGGACAAGCUCGUCCUGACAUACCCUAAUGACGAUGAUGCUGUCCUCUUCGCCUUCACUCUGAUUGAAGAGCAACAUGGCAGUGCCUGGCUAGACAAGCUCAUCGCCCAAAACCCUCGCUGGGUGCGCGGGACCCGCACGCCACGCACCGUCUUCUCGCAGAACGACACGCAGUGGGCCGCCAGCUUCACCGCGUCGGGCGUUUUCAACCCGGCCGCGCCCCUGAACGUGUCGCACCCCGUCGAGGGCAAGUUCGUCUCGUGGCCCCAGACGGGCGCCAUCCUCAAGGACGCGCCGCACCCGGAGGGCGCCAAGCUCCUGCACAGCUACAUCCUCAGCAACGAGUACCAGGCCAUCCGCGGCGGCUGGGGCGUCCGCAGCGAUGCGCCGAAGCCUGCCGAGUACCCCCAGAUCCUUGAGAUGCCAGGGACGGACCCCACCGCCUUUGGCAAGUGGAUGGCUGACCGCGAUGAGAUUGAGAGGCAGAGGAUCUACUACGAGAUGCGCCUCGGUACUCCGCAGGGUCUUAGCCCCCUUGACGAUGACAUCUAG